UAAAAUUCUGCGCAAGAUAUUAUUCACGGUGAUUUACACGCGCCGCAACGAUGCUAACAGGCACAGUGGCGGAUAAAGGAGUCAUUGUGUGUCCGUUCUCUGGUUAAAGAGGCUCCGUCUCUCCUCGCCCACCAUGCGGAGGGUCAGCGACACGGACGCCGUCCACACAGGUCGUGUGUGACGGGUCUUUUAUGGAAGGUGGGACGAGGGAGAGGUCGUAAGGCGGAGGGAGAGUCUGGACGAGGCUGAGCGUUAGCAACGCUAGCUGAGACGGGUGUAACGUAGCGGUCACUUUCCCUCCAACCACCCCGGCAGGUUCGAUUCCGUCAUGGCCACCAACGACAACAAUUUGACGCCCGGGAUGGGGGAGAUCAUCCAGCUAAACGUCGGCGGGACGAGGUUCAGCACCUCCAGACAGACCCUGAUGUGGAUCCCAGAUUCCUUCUUCUCCAGUUUGCUGAGUGGAAGGAUAUCCACUCUUCGGGAUGAAACGGGAGCCAUAUUUAUUGACAGAGACCCCACAGCUUUUGCACCAAUUUUGAAUUUUCUCCGAACCAAAGAAUUGGACCUGCGGGGUGUCAACAUCAGCGUCCUGAGACAUGAAGCAGAGUUUUAUGGGAUAACUCCUUUAGUGCGGCGCCUGUUGCUGUGUGAGGAACUGGACCGCUCAUCGUGUGGUAGUGUUCUCUUCCAUGGUUACCUGCCACCCCCAGCCAUCCCUGCCCGUAAAUCGAACGCUGCUUCAGCUGCGUCAGCUGCGUCAGCUUCCUCCUCUGAAGAGCGGCCGGGCCCGAGUGGAGCAGAGGGCUUCACCCGUGUCGGUCCCCCUCCUCACCCUUCCCUCCCUGCUCCACCUGGAGCAGAUGCCAACCACAAACUGGGUCCCAUUGUUGACCCCAGGAAGGUGUUGAUUGUAGCAGGGCACCACAACUGGAUCGUAGCAGCUUACGCACACUAUGUCAUCUGCUACAGGAUAAAGGAAUCCUCAGGAUGGCAGCAGGUGUUUUCUUCCCCCUACCUCGACCGUACCAUUGAACGCAUCGCGCUUAAUGCCAAGGUGGUAGGUGGCCCGCAUGGAGACAAGGACAAGAUGGUGGCCGCCGCCUCUGAAAGCAGUAUCAUCCUCUGGAGCAUCCAAGAUGGAGGCAGUGGUAAUGAGAUAGGUGUGUUCAGUCUCAGUGUUCCGGUUGAUGAUCUCUUUUUCAUUGGGAACCAGCUGGUGGCUACGAGCCACACAGGGAAGGUGGGGGUGUGGAAUGCUGUCACACAACACUGGCAGGUUCAAGAUGUGGUUCCCAUCACCAGCUGUGACACAGCAGGAUCCUUUUUACUCCUGGGCUGCAACAAUGGCUCCAUCUACUACAUAGACAUGCAAAAGUUUCCACUGAGGAUGAAGGAUAAUGAUCUUCUGGUGACUGAGCUCUAUCACGACCCAUCAAACGAUGCCAUCACCGCACUGUCUGUCUACCUCACACCUAAAACCAGUGUGAGUGGGAACUGGAUAGAGAUCGCCUACGGGACGAGCAGCGGGGCAGUGAGAGUGAUCGUGCAGCACCCGGAGACAGUGGGCUCAGGCCCCCAGCUCUUUCAGACGUUCACUGUGCACAGGAGCCCCGUGACCAAGAUCAUGCUGUCUGAGAAACAUCUGGUGUCAGUUUGCGCGGACAACAAUCACGUUCGGACGUGGACGGUGACACGUUUCAGAGGCAUGAUCUCCACCCAGCCAGGCUCCACCCCUCUGGCCUCCUUCAAAAUCCUGUCCCUGGAGGAGACGGAGAGCCACGGGAGCUACUGCUCUGGGAAUGAUAUCGGUCCAUUUGGAGAACGAGACGAUCAGCAGGUUUUUAUUCAGAAGGUCAUCCCGAUCACCCACAAGCUGUUUGUGAGGCUCUCAUCUACUGGAAAAAGGAUCUGUGAAGUGCAGUCAGUGGACGGGACCACCAUCUCUUGCUUCAUGGUGCGGGAGUGCGAAGGCUCCAGUCGGAUGGGGUCCCGCCCUCGGCGCUAUCUGUUCACUGGCCACGGCAACGGCAGCAUCCAAAUGUGGGACCUGACCACUGCGAUGGACACGGCUAACAAAGGAGAGGAGAGGAAGAAAGAGGCUGCUCCGGUCCUCCUGACAGAGGCAGGUGGGCCUACAGAGGAGGAGUUGCUGCAGCUGUUGGACCAAUGUGACCUGAGCACCUCCCGCUGUGCCACACCAAAUAUUAGCCCAGCCCCGUCUGUGCUGCACCACACACGCCUGCGAGAGUCCUGCUCCAGUUUGCAGUUACAGGCACAGGAGCCCAUUCCUGAGAGUCAGGCUACUUAUGCAGCUGUGCGGCCCUACAGAGAGAGCCCCCUGCUGGCCCGCGCUCGACGAACAGAGUCCUUCCACAGCUACCGAGACUUCCAGAACUUCAGCCUGAAUCGGGGUGUCCUGGAGGGCACAGGUCAGACGUCAGCCCAGGGCCCCAGCCAUGUCACAGAUGCCCGCCGCUCACUCUGUGACUUUGGGCCUGAGGACAGUGAGAGGAGAGCCUCAACGUUGGAGUUCUGGGCUUGUCGAACCACCUGUGCCAGCUCUAGCACGAACAUUGCGGCUUUGAUGGCUGGGGCUGUUUCUGGGGUGAGGGCAGAAGGUGCUCAAGAAACUUCACGCCAACCGCCGGACAGCCCGACUCCAGGGGGAGACGUCCGAAAAAAGGCGCACCCAACGGAGGAGGGGGAGGGUGUGGGAUUCGGAGGAGAUGGGCCAAAGUCAGAGGGAGGUGUGAGGAAAAGGGGAGUACUAGAAGGAGGCUUUCUAGGGAGGAAGAGGGCUCCUCCAGUUCCUCACCUCUCCUCCCUCCCCUCCGGGUCUGACGGUGGCGGCAGCGACUCAUCUGCAAACGCCUCCCCCUCCCCGACCAAACUGGCCUCCUCCACCUCACCACGACACAGGAAGCUGGCCCCGGAGCCGUCCAAUCAGGACAGCAGCCUGUGACAGCGCAAAAGGCCCACCUCCAAUUAUUGUGAUCCCAGUCAGUGGAAUCGUUUCAUGCAGGCGUCCUGUUGAACUUACUGCGUCAGACUGGAUAUGAAGCAGGGUUCCAGAUGUAAAUGGGUAAAUGAUUUGUUGGUUUUGGGAGCCCACAGGUAAUGACAGGUUUUUCACUAUGUUUGAUCCCAAGGCUGAAAAUCUUUUUAUGUUAUCAUUACACCUGCUCUAGAGGCUGGACAUCGCACCCUGAGCAGGAAUAUCUUUUCUGUUUAAUCACUCUGGUGAAAUGAAGCUCUGUUUGUUGUUGGUGUAUGCUUUAAUCUCAACAGAUCAGAGUGCGGGUCAGAGCUUUGAGACAAGAGUCUGAUAGAAGUGUGCCAGCUCAGUUCGGGAGAACAUCUGAAAUAGAUAGUGGUUGUUCAUGUGACAGCUUCACAAAGAUACAGUCACUACAGAAGGAGGCAACAGUCUCUUUGUUCUGGAAUCGUGAAGAGUGUGUUGAGGCCUUUUGGGUUUGAAUCAGGUGUCAGGCCACAGAAAAGACUAAAUCCAUUAAGGCAUCAUGGUUCAUUCAAAUAAAAAAAUAUAUAGUACGGCAAAGUACUAGUCACAGAACAGGGUUUUUUGAUUCUACCUGAGGAGAGUGUAGCUUGUGAGAAGCAAUAGAAGCAAGAAAGAUACACUCCUUGUUCUUUUAUCAGAUUUGUAAAGUGUUGGUAUUCAAACACAAAGCAAACAGAUUCAAACAUGAAACAUUUCUUGAGAUCCUGAAAUAACAAUUAUUUUUCAUUCUCGAGCAAUCUCUCAGAUUCUAUUUGAUUUUAUUUGUUAAGCCAAUGAUGUAAAACACAAAAAAGAUGCACAACCUCACAUUGGAGAAGCUUCAACCGGCAAGUUGCUGAAAAGUUCAUCAUCUCUGACUACAUGUGCAGUUUGUCGUACCCUUGCCAGAAUCCUGGCAGCUACUUGAAUCGAUAUGUCCCAAAAAUAGUUAAAUAACUAAAACAGUUAUUGUUGAUAGAGCAGUGACAGUAGAACAGACAGCGAGCAGUGAAGUCAGCUUGUAGCUCCAUCACGCAGUAAAACCUCUUUAGGUUUGUGAUUCGCCAGCUCAGUGACAACUAUGCAACAGUGGAGUUAUGCACGACAGCUAAAACAAACAUGAAGUCACGAGGAUCGCCAAAUAGUGAGAUUCAUGGAUGAUGAUCUAAAAAAAACAAUGAAUCCUCAAACCUGCUUUUCACUGCAGCUAGUCGUUUAACUUGUUUAUUAUAAACUGGCAAAUUGCUCAUUGUUGUAGCGAGGAGCAUCACACUCUGCAAAAUGGGACGUUUACAGUACAGUCCAACUAUCUGAGGCAUUUAAUACAAUAUUUGUAAACUGGAAAACAAAUUGGUGGCACACAACUGAAACCUCAUGAACUGAUUCAUCCAUUGAAGAUGCCAGAGUAGCACUAACACUGACAGCAAUCACCUAAAGGUACAUUUUAAAUUGGAACAAAAUCGGUUUUCAAUGCUUUAUGGUUUUUAUGUGACCCUUUACUUAUAUUUAUCUUAACAGAGAAAAAACGUGCAUGCGUCACACCUCUGCUCGAAGUUCAUAAGAAGACUUGUGUUCUGUUUUCUUAUAGUGGUGCCUGCACAAGAUUACACUUAUUAUUUAUAUAUUUUUUUACAGUAUCACAAUAUAACUACACUCACGACAAGGACCUACACUACAUCACUUUACUCCCAUCUUUAUUGUGUCUUGUUUUGGACGACUGUUGCAGUGCCUUAUUUGUGUGACAGUUAUUGGUUGAAAAGGAUUCUGACCAAAGGCUUGUGAUGAUGGAGCUCAUAGUGGAGCCACAAAUGAUAGAUUUACACCAGGUUGGUGAUCAUUUGAAUUAAGAGGCAUAAGUUAUCUAUUGGAAACAAUCCUGGAGGAGGCUCUAACUGGAAGCUCCUUCUCUUUUCCACUGGGGAACUUUAAUCUCCAGUUUGGUCUUGUAAAGGUUAAACGGUGUGUAUGUAAGAGACACAAGUAAAGCACCUUGGUUAUAUAGUUAUAUAGUAGUAUGCUUGAAGGACUGGAUAGUACAAAUGUACCAAUGUAUGACUUCCACUUCCUGUUUGUGUGGGAUAAGUUAUCAAAACCCGGACCAGCUCCUGAUUGUUGGUACUUUGUUGGAACUGUGGGGACAAAAUGCUGUAAAAAUACAUGAUGCUAAAAAAGAUAGAUGUAAUUAGAAAAAACUGAAAAGUUUAUUAUAAUUUGCCAAAUUGAGCAGCUAUUUAACCUCAUUCAUUGUGUCUCAUUUCAGUAUAAAACAUAAACAGACUCCAUUGUCCCUGCCUGUACAAACACGUGCAUUUUGAUAGAACUGUGCAGAAAGUAGACAAACAUAUUCAAGACAAAGUCCUAACAUGGAUGCAUUGAUGUGUGUUGAUACACUGUUGUUUGUCAUAUAUAUAUAUAUAUAUAUUGUGAAUAAUCAUAUUCAUGUAUGAUGCCUAUAUUGAUAUUACCCUGCUAUUGGACCUUACUGCGUUUGCACUUGCACUAUUUAGACUAAUAUUAAAGUAACUUUCUAUUGUUUAUUUUAUAUAAAAAACAUAAAGUUAAGUGUGUUUAAGCACAUAACUGAGUGUCCUCUGAAAACACCUGUCGUCUGUCGUCCCACGCUUCCUCUCUGGCUGUGUUUACAUAACAUGAUAUCACAUUACAGCCAGCUUAAUGUGAGUUUACAUAUCUGGAUCUGGACAUCACUGUGUGUGUGUGUGUUAGAAAUGCUGCAUUAUGUUGUAAUGUUUUUUUGGUUCAUUGCCUUUUUAUUGCCUACAACACUGAUUUUAAUUUUUUUAUUUUACAAUGUGUAGACUAGAAGGGUUUACUUUUUCUUUUCUUUUUUUUAAUAAUAAUGAUCAUGCAUGUUUUAAUACCUGGUGUAGACCAAUAAGACUUAUUGUUCUGUGAUAAUUUACUUUACUCCAGUUUUCCAGGUCAAUGUUAACCACAGAUGAAUAUUAAUAGAAAACAUAAAUUAAAAAACAUAUUUGCGAUCUGAGAUGUCAACCUUUGAAAACAGUGUGUCUGAUGACGUGACGAUUAAUCCAAACAAACUUACCAAUGCUAAAUAUUCAUAAUAAAACAAAAAGUUACAGCUGUUUAUGUUGAAUCUGCAGUUUCACCUUUAAAUCUGGACGCAGUAAUAAGACAAACAGGUUGAAUGAGGUAUGAGCAGCUGCCAGUCAUUGCUAAGCUGUUAGCACCUGGUUUGUGGGGAUCACUUGCCAAAGUGCACAAUCUUUGUUUUGUUAGCGUGUCACAUAGGUGUGUGUGUGUGUGUGUGUGUGCGUGUUUCCCCAGCGCUUUCAUUUCACUAACCUUCUCAUUCAGACAGUCUCCUCUCUGAGACGCCGUCUGUCGUCAUUGUGAUUUAUGAGUUUAAUAAAACCCUGUGUGUGUGUGUGUGUGAGUGGGAGUGGGAGUGUGUGUGUAGCUCAGGGCCAUACUGUCCCUUACAAUCACUCCACAAGCUCUUUUCACAGCCUCUCCCUCUCUCGGUGGCUGACAAUAGCUGUGAAUGUGGCUGUGAAUGUUUUAGAAGUGCCCUUGUCAGACUGGCGUCCUUGAGCUGAGGCAGGGUUGUUACUGCCAGUUUUUUAAUUUCAAACUUGCCUCGACGUCCCCUCGAGGGACGCAGGAGCAAAACUAAACUACAGCUGCAGAGUUUCGACUCGGGCCCCUCUGUGUGUUGGUGCUGGUGUGGGAUUGUGCUAACUGGAAGUAGCUGUGCAGCUGCUGGCCCAUGUGUUUUUCACACUCAACCCAUGAGCUUUGUGUAGCAUUCAACUAUGUAUUCCUCCUGUUUGUAAAAAUGUGUUAUAACAAGUGUAAUCUGUUAAUUACAGCAACACAAUGCAACUUUUUCACCUUAAAUCGCAGCAGAUGAGUUUGAUGAUGCACCGACUUUGAAUUUGAAGAAAGGUGCAUUCAUUCCUACUCCUCUGUUCUUACUUUAUGUAACUUUGGGCGUGCGAGUGCGAUCUCUGUUCAUCUAAAUUGUCGAGAGUCAUGCAGAACUGUAGAUCAGUUAAAGAUUUUGGAAUAUGAAGAAUUCUAAACAGAGUUUGGUGUAUUGUUACAGCGGCAGCUCUUCUGGUUCAGGAAGCCGGGAAUCAUGGGUAAUAUCCAGUAUGAAGUCCUGUUUCAGCUCAGUGAGAGGGACUACACAGUCGAAACUCCCGUCAACAGAACAGAAUCUAUCUGUACUUGUGGCUGCAGAGGGCGCUGUUGUCCAGUAAAAGUUGCAUUGUGUUGCUUUAAAUAUUUUAAGCUUGUCUGUUCUUCAGACACACACUAAUGCAAAUCAUUCACCUGUUUGUGUAAAACAUAGCUUCCAUCAUUGAUUUACUACAAUUGAAAUGAAUAUUUAAACCACAAUAGCACAAUAUUACUCAUCAUGGAACAAAUGUUCAUGUAUCACUCGUGGAGUUUUGGUCCUUUAUCAUUUUGAUGCCUUCUCGUCCCUAAUUAACUCAUUUUAUUAUUCAUGGCUUGAACAUGGACAUGAUGUGUUUCGUGUCUUUUAUUUUGAAAUGCUGCUUUUUAAAUAAUAACGUCUCUGUUCACAAUGGAGUAAAAACAAUAUCACACAUC